CGUACCCAGAACAGUCACCUUCCAAAUAAACAACUUUUUUUUCUUUUUUUUUUGACACCACUCAUUCCUUCUCUAAUACCACCCACACAGGACAAUGUCAUCUCGACGCUUCUACACUGGAGACGAGCAGGGUCUUAUCAAAGUCGUCACCAUCACAGAGGCCCCGGUCGUCAAAGUGAAGCGUCUGCGCAGGAAUCAGCCUACUCCCGAGCCUCCUGCCAAGCCUGUGCCAACUGUAGAGGCCUGGGGUACGCCUGAUCGUGAGAGGGCCAUCCAAUUGCUUUGCUGGGACCAUGAAAAGAAGUAUCUGGUGGCUGCUCGCAAGAACGGACUGGUGCAAUUGAUCGACCCCAAAAGUAGCGGCGCUGUCAUCGCAGAAUUCAAACAGCAGCUCGUCAAGGAGGGCAAAGCCGACACCAUCUUUGUCGGGCUGUUUGCUAAUUCUGAGUCGCUCAUCACUUGCACAAAUACCGGAAUUCUCACCAUUCAAUCCAUUCAGAAUCCAUCUCAGACGAAACAUUUGAACGUCGGCAAGGGCAUUUGUAGGAUGAGAGUACACCCUAAGGAACAUCACAUCAUCGCAACAGGAGGCAAUGAGCAAGAGCUCACCAUUUGGGAUCUGAACGAGUUCAGCAAAGAGUUCAGCAAAGACUUGCAGGGGCCCGUCAUAAAUGGAAAGAAGGCUGGCAAGGACGGAAAGGUGCCAGCGUCAACAGCUUCAGCGGGAACGGCAAUAGAAAAACAGAGUGAAUCGCGCUACAAAUCCAAGGAGAUUCUCGCCGGGGGCCAGAUCUUCAGGUCCAAGAAUGUCAAGAAUGAUCAUCUGGAUCUACGAGUCCCCGUCUGGAAUACUGAUCUGCAGUUUUUGAGCCACAGCGACAUUUCGCGCAUUGCCGUCGGUACACGGCACCAUCAGAUUCGCGUGUAUGAUACGAAGAGCGGGGCCAGGAGGCCUGUUGUCGACAAAGAGGUGGGGGAGAUGCCUGUCGUUGCCCUGUCGAAUGGUCAAGAUGCGAGCGAGAUUGUCUUUUCGGAUACAGUGACAAACGUUUACUCCAUUGAUACCCUCACCGGCAGUAUUCUCGGACAAUACAAGGGGUUUACAGGAGUUGCCACUGCAUUGGCUACAUUCAGACCCUUUGAGGGCGGGUCGACUCCACAUCUGGUCAGUGUUGCAAUGGACCGCUGUCUGCGCGUGCACGAGAUGAACAAGUCUCGAAAAUUGUUGCAUAAGGUCUAUCUAAAGCAGCGUAUGACUGCUGUUGUGGUAGGCGAAUACACUCCCGCGGAACACGCAGAGGAUGAUGAGGAAGGAGCCAACCCCGCCAAAAGUAAGAAGGCUGGCAAGGAGGAGGAUGAUAAGGGUGAUGACGAUGAGCUCUGGGAGAGCAUGGGCAAACUUCAAGACAAGAAGUCGAAGAAGAGGAAAGCGGCGAAAUAGUAGAACGGAUGCCGACAAUACUUUGCAUAUGCCAUUAAAUAUCACCCCGCAUUCUCACUUCCGCAUUGCAACAAAGAAUGAAUGAAAC